CUGGCAGGGCAACACGCUCGACUUUGUUCCGCCCUUUGAACGGUUUCAAAAGUUUUUUAUUGGCUUGGAGCGGGUGAGAGAGAACAAGCAGAAGAAGACUAAGAUAAAGUAACACUUAAACGCAGCCUGUAGACCUGCAUCGCCACAGCACAGGGAACAGGUGGGCUCAGCCAACAUAAACAGCGUGGAAGCUGGAGGCAGCAGUCAUGGAUAUUAGGAUGCAACGAGAAGAGGCAUCAUCCCAGGAGGUGUUCAGCUACGCCCAGAUGUCCACCCUGGAGAGAAACAGUGGGGUGGGGACGCUGAGUCGACAUGUGGAUAGAGAGAGAUUGGAGAGAGACAGCUACACGGUGGAUGUCAGGGCCAGUGACCUGCAGUUGGACAAACCUGGGCCAUUGCAUCCCUGCUUUAGCUACAGAGUCUGGCUAUACAGCGUUGUAAUAGGGAGCAGCUUGCUGAUAGCGGCAGUUUUCUCUCUCUACAUGGGUAAUGUGUUUCCAUCAGCAAUGGAUUACCUGCGCUGUGCUGCAGGAUCGAGUGUACCAGCUGCAGUGGUGAGCUUUGCUAUUGCCAAGAACACACACAUUGCAGUCUCUGAUUUUCAAAUGGUCUUUGUGUCUUCCUUUGCUGUAACAACAACGUGUCUAGUGUGGUUUGGAUGUAAGCUCGCCAUUAGUCCCUCAGCCAUCAAUAUUAACUUUAACCUGCUCCUGCUUAUUGUGCUGGAGGUUUUGACAGCCAGUGCUGUUAUCCUAUCAGCACGCUCGGCUGAAGACUGCUGCAGUCACAUCAAGCCAGUGUAUGGUGGCCCUGUGGUUGUGACCUCGGUGUCGUUCCCCACCCGUCUUUUCAAGGCUUAUGCAGUCAUUGAGGUUAUAGUGGGCAUCUCUACUGUAUUUGGAGGAAUUAUCGCUAUAAAUUUGGGUGCCCUUCUCCCAGAACCGUACCUUUCUGUCACGUUCUUCUGGAUUCUAGUUGCUUGUUUUCCUAGUGCCAUUGCCAGCCAUGUGGUGGCAGAAUACCCCAGCAAGAGCUUGGUGGAAAUGUUGAUUGCUAUAAGUAGUGUGACCUCACCACUGCUUUUCUCAGCAUCUGGGUUCUUAUCCAGCAGUGUGAUUAAUUUCAUUGAGAUCUUUCUGCAUGAUGUGCCAUUAACAAAGCUGUCAUAUGACAUAUUGCUGCUCGUCCUGAUGGGAUUACUGCUGGUACAAGCAGUGCUGACAUUAGCCACAAUAGUACAGUGUGCGUCUUACAAGAGCCAGCUCCACAUUGGAGCACCUGAAUGGGACACUCUACAAUCACCAAGACAUUGUGAGCAGCAGACGUCAAAUGGCACGCUGCGGGAGUUUGACAAAGACAAGGCCUGGAAGGCAGUGGUGGUCCAAAUGGCGCAGUGAGCAAAGAUGCAUGAAUCAGAGGGGACAAGCGAAAAAAAAUAAUAAAUGAAAUACAUGUUUGUGUGUUGUACAAAGAUGGAGGAUGAGAAUAUCAGCAGGAGGAACAGCUGGCAAAGAUGGUGACCGAAGAAACUUGUGGAAGAUGAGAAGAUAUGGAAUGGAUUGCAUCUGGAAUCAUCUUUUUGGUUAUGAAACGUGACCUGCACUGUAAAAAAAAUCUUUGCUGCCUUAAUUUUUUGUUUAAUCAACUCAGAUUUACAAGUUAUUUCAACUUUGACUAUGAGUUGUUAUAACUUAUAAAAUGAAGCUUUUUUCAGCUAUAGUUUAUAAGUUGUAGCAACUCAUCUCUUGUCAAGAUAAAUAAUAGUAAGCUGACAUGAUUUUUAAAUCUGAGUUGAUUCAACAAAAAAAUUUAAGACAGGAGUUUUUUACUGAGUGUCAUAUGUAUGAGCACUAUUUUUUACGUAAUGAUCGUUUAGUUAGCCAAAUUUGAAAAGGCUUUUUGAAAGAUCACUGUUUAUAAUUCACAACCAACCCUGUUCAAAGCAGACGACUCUGGACCAGAUCUGCACCAGAUGCAUUUCGGUCCUGCCGACUUCGGCCCAGAUCCAGUGCGGAUCUGGCCCGAGUCAUCUGCUGUCUGAUACCAGGAAAUUAGAAACAUAUUUGAAAAGUAAAUGGCUAUGCAACAAAUUAUAGCCUAUGCAAAUAAAUUGUGAACAUGCAUGUACAAUCCACAAUAGCCUACUUGUUGCUUUACUGUAGAAACAUGAUAUGUCUUUAUUUCUAACUCACUGUAAAGUACCUUCUUGCAUGUUCAGUACCUCGUAUGACAGAUUCACUUCAUUAGAUUUUAUUUUUGUAUUAUUCAUGUAUGUAAAUUCUACUAUUUGAGGCUAUUGUAGAUCAAUAAAAAUGUUAAUGCUACCGGUGAUAUGUUUAUCUAAUAUGUUCAACAGUAAAUUGAAUAUAAGGCUGGAAAUAUGUUCUUUGUUAUUUUAAUAAUAAAGUUGCCAUUUAGUUUA